GGAUCCCAGCAUCCACACCCGUCCCGCACCUCGCUUUGCUUUCACGCAGAGGCCAGACACCCAUCAUCCGCCAUCGUCUCUGCACUCCCCUCCUUCAGCAGAUCGCGCAGUCCCAUUUGUUCGGGAGAAUCGACUCAAGAUGUUCGCCCUUUCCGAAGAGACCAAGGAGCGCAUCGCCAAGAUCAUUGAGAUCUCGCGCGUUGCGAUUCACUAUGGCUACCUGCCUCUUGUCCUCUACCUCGGCUACACCCGCAGCGACCCUCGGCCAUCCAUCAUCCGCCUCCUCUCGCCACUCUCUUAAGUGCUCCCACCAACAUGGCCAACUAUUACGCGAAGCGUAUAUGUAAAAUAGAUGUCAAAAACCGCCUCGAGAAGGGGUGCGCGGCGACAUAACGAAAAAUACGGUAUCCGGGGAUGGGAUGAGGAGAUAUGGGACGGAGAGUCGGAGUGGGAAAUGGGCCCCAGGAUAUCAUGACCAUGCACACUGUACAUUAUAAUUUACGUAACAGCUCUGCCUCGAUGAUGGGGACUCUGAC